UUGCGGCUGCGGGGGAAAUUUUUUUCAUUUGCAACCGACCCUGGUGGGGGAAGUUUUACGAUUUUUAUUUUCUUAAGGAGGUGUCUUAUAUUGAGUUCCGACUGUCUUUCAUGUUGAUAAUAUUUUGGGGGGAAUGUUAAGAAUUUAGAAAAAAUCCGCAAAUUGUGUCCGCAAAAUUAUAAAAUUUUGCGGACAAAUAAAUAUUACAUUGUUUUUCUUUCAGUUAUCGCCAAGCUCGUUGUGGUUGGAUAGAAAAGCAACAAAAAUGUUCUUCCAAUUCUCAUCCUUCCAAGGCCCUUUUUCUCAUCAUUUAUGUUCCACGUAGAGGUUUACUUGAAGUCUGGUCAAUGCAAAAUGGUCCAAGAAUAUCUGCUUUUGAAGUGGAUGAUGGAAGAUUAAUUUCGAUUAAUUGUGGAAUUUUGUGUGGAAAUGAUGAAAUUUUGGAGGGGAAUAAGGCUAAUUCUUCAAAGUCAUCAAAUGUGAUUUUUCUUUCUUCGGAAGGUUUAUUUUAUGUAAGUUUUAUUGGUUGA